AUAAAAAGCUUCAGCAAACACCUGAACAGGUAGACAGAGCUGAGCAGCAAACAUCACGUUCUCAGAAGACAAAAUGUUUACACAAAGAGAGACAAUCCUGCACAAGGCUAUACCCACAGCAGGGAUGGUGUUGCUUCUUCUGACUGCAGCAGUUCAGUCUGCAGUGAUGAGUAAUGAUGUUCAGAUCACCGCAGCUCCUCCUGUCUCAAAUUCAUCUCCAACAACACAGAUUGUGAACAGCAGUGAGGAGGAGCCCCAUGUUGAGAGUUUAGUCAAAAUGUCAUGUGGAGAGACAUAUAAAGAAUUCUGUGGAAACGGUGGCCAGUGCAUGUUCCCCCCAGGAUACGAUGAACCCAUCUGCCUCUGCAAGCCUCCAUACACUGGACCACGUUGCAUGAUAGAAACAAUCCUGCACAAGGCUAUACCCACAGCAGGGAUGGUGCUGCUUCUUCUGACUACAGCAGUUCAGUCUGCAGUGCUGAGUAAUGAUGUUCAGACCACCGCAGCUCCUCCUGUCUCAAAUUCAUCGCUGACAACGCACAUUGUCAACAGCAGUGUGGAGGAGCCCCGUGUUUGGCGUUUAGUCAAAAUGUCAUGUGGAGAGACAUAUAAAGAAUUCUGUGGAAACGGUGGCCAGUGCAUGUUCCCCCAAGACAGCGAUAAGCCUUCCUGCAUCUGCAAGCCUCCAUACAGCGGACCACGUUGCAUGGUCUUCACUGAUCUCACUCGCACUGUGCCUAAUUUAGAUAAGGUGAUUGGCAUCAGCUUUGGGGCCAUCAUGCUCAUCACCCUCGUAACCAUCAUCGCUUACUGCUGUGCCUAUAAGAGAUGUGUAAAAUCAGCACCACUGAUAAAAUCUGCACCAUCUGAGACGUCAGUGUGACUUCUUCAACGUCUUCAUCUCUGUUACUGGAUGCGGAAAGAUUGUUGUAUAACAUCUUGUGGUGUCCUAUAUGUUAAAAAGUUUUUAUCUCUUAUCAGUACUGUCAUUUUAAGACUUAAAGAGGCCACUUAACAUAUUUAUAGUAAUGUUAUGACAAUUAAAUUAUUUGUUUUCAGUUUAUUUAAAGUUUUUUUUUAAUAAAUUAAUA